AUUUAGAUAAGAGAGAUGGGGCAUAACUAUUCAAAUCUAGGGAAAACAAAGUGCUCUAAGCUAUGUUGGAACAAAGUGCCAAUGUCUCACCUUUUACGCCAAGGGAAGACAAAACCUGUUGGAUUUGUUUGAGUUCUGAAGUAGACGGUAACUCAGCCAACUUAUGGAGCAGACCUUGUCGCUGCCGUGGCGCACUGAAAUGGGUUCAUCAAACGUGUCUUCAAAGGUGGAUUAGUGAACAACAACACAGCAGAGGAGAAUCGAAUUCUAUUUCAUGUCAGAUAUGUAAUACACCAUAUAUAAUAGUUUAUCCUGAUUGCGGAUUUUUCUAUGAUUUUCUUCAGUCUGUUGACCAAAUUACUCGCUCUCUAUCAUUUGUUCUUACUGGUGGAAUUAUUUUCGGCUCAUUUUACUGGUCUGCUGUAACGUACGGAGCUGUAACAGUAAUGCAAGUUUAUGGACAUCGUCAAGGUUUACAAGCUAUGCGGCUCACAGAUCCUCCUCUUCUACUGCUAGGUCUCCCGACUAUUCCUUUGUGUCUUGUUUUGGCGAAAGCAGUUCAAUGGGAAAGUAGACUGCUUAUGUUAUGGAGGAACCAUAUAAGUCGUUUACCCUUUAUUCAGCUGUUCAGACGCAAAGAUCUUCCAACCUGGCCUGUUAAUGAUGUUGAUAUAGAACUACGCCCAGAACUCUCUGAUAUACCUCGUUUAUUUUGUAGUGCAUUAGCUCUUCCAACAAUAUCUACCGUUCUGGGACACUUAUUAUUUAAACGAGUGCAGUCUGCUACACACAGAGUUCUCCUGGUAAGAUAAUUUCUCUCCACGUGUUUUAUUAGAUUGGUUGAUAUAUAUAUAUAUAUAUAUAUAUAGUGACGAUUGUAGCGAUUUUUUAAACUGCGAUGUGAUUAAAAGGAUCCAGACAGUUUGUGUUCUGUUAUUUAAAAGAAGAGAUUUCCAAGUCAAAUUAUAAUAAAGUCAUUAUUCUGCUAUGGAGUGGAAAACAGGCUAUUCGAAAUUCAUUUGAUCAACUGCUGUACUUUUCAGCAUCGUAUUGUAUAGCACGUUUCUGAACGUAGUACAAGUUUGUACUUUCACUUAGAUUCAGAUGCCACUCGUUUGAAAUAAUAAGUUUGUGCAUCUUGAUUGUUGUGUCAAUGAAACAAUGCAAUAUUAAUUCUAGAUGGUUAAUUGUAUCCUAUAUCAGUAGUAAUUUAUAAGCUAUUCUAACUGUCUCAGUUAUCAUUCAGAAACUCAUUGGUUCAUCAUGCAGAUUCGAUUAAUCAAUUUAAUUGAUUUAUUUCUUUAAUUUUCUUUACUAGGGUGGUUUGACGUAUCUUGGAGUGAAAGGGCUACUGACCAUAUAUUAUCAAGAGUUGCAAUAUAUCCGUAUAUGCUAUCGACAAGUAAAAGAUUAUGAUGAAUAAUUAAUAUUGAGAUUUCACAGUGAUAUUAGAAUCAUUAUAUAUAUGUAUUAAUUGUACAGAACAAAUAUAUAAGCGUGAUAGUUUUGAG